AGACCGCAGCACGAUCGCAAGAUAUUCAUUGGUUCAAACUUUUACUAUCAUUCCAACAGUGCUGCUGCUUAUAGUCAGAUGGGUGAUCAUCAAAAUGCGAUUAAAGACUCCCUCAAAGCAGCAGAAGUUGAUCCUUCAUAUAGCAAAGCGUACAGUCGCCUUGGCCAUGCAUAUUUCUCCGUUGGCAAGUAUAAAGAGGCUGUCACUGCUUAUGAGAAAGGCUUAGAACUUGAGCCAAACAAUCCUACCAUGAAGAGCUCCCUCAACACUGCUCGUACCAAAGCCCGUGAUAACGAAGUUGCUCCUUCAGCUCGUGGCAGUCCUGGCGCAGGUGCUGGUGGUCUUCCUGCUGGAUUCCCUGAUCUGAGUGCCUUAGGCGGUGGUGCUGGUAUGCCCGACCUCGCCACUUUAAUGAGGAAUCCAGCGAUGAUGAACAUGGCUCAGCAAAUGAUGCAAUCCGGAGCCUUAGACUCAUUGAUGACCAAUCCUGCUAUGCAACAGAUGGCCCAGCGCAUGAUGUCUAGCGGCGAGCGCCCCAACAUUGACGAGAUUAUGAGGGAUCCCCAGAUUGCCGAGGCGUAAGCUAUAUAUGUUUGACUCAUUUUUAAUUGAAUUAACUACUUUCAGGAAAUGUUUACACUCAGCCUCAUCUGCUCUACUUUAUGACUAUCUAGUGCUCGUGGUUUGAUGAACAAUAUGGGGAGCACUGGCGGCAUGCCCAAACCUCCUCAAAAAGACGAUGAGAGUAAGUCUUCGGAAUAUAAAUUUGCCCGCUCGUUAAAUACAUAAGCAAGAGAUUAAGACCGACAGCAUGGCCAAGUUGUUAAUCGUUGUCCAUCUCUUCUAAAUCAUAAUAGCGCUGUAAACUUUUGAAAAUCUCGGUACCAGUGUAAAACAUGGA